AUGGGCCAAUUGGGCCUAUCCUUUGGAGACGGCGCAACAUUUGUACGAUUUGUGCCCGUACAGCUCGUCGAGUUAUUGCCGAUGCUUCUUGCCAUACAAAAAGCAGAUAGACCGGAGGCCAAUCGCUAUACGAGUCCAUCCGGCCGCGCCCGCCACAAGUUUUGGCAACGAAUUAUGAAUGGAGUUCAUACGACGAGGCAGACGCACAACCGAUUCUUGCAGCAAUCUCCGGGAAUGAAUCGAGGCGCUGUCACUCUAGGUCAAUCGAGAGAACUUUCAGAUGCUUGGAGUGAAUCACUUGAUCAUUUUCGA